AUGGCCGAAUCAAUCAACCCUCCGCUCUCUUAUGAGGCAUCUGCGACCACUACUCAUCCCCAUGUCGCUACCUCAUUGCCAUCCGAGGUCAUCUCGUGUCUCAAGAACUCCCGCUUCCUGCACCUGGCAACAUGCGAUGAUAAAACACCCCACAUCUCACUGAUGUCUUACACCUAUCUUCCCUCGACCCCAUUCGACCCGCACCCCACUAUCAUCAUGACCACAAACCCCGCAUCGCGCAAAACAAACCACCUGCUGUCCAACCCGCGAGUCUCACUGCUGGUCCACGACUGGGUCUCGCAUCGCCCGCCAACCCGGGCCCCGACGCACGGUGAUCGCGACGGCUCCCCACCACCCGCCGCUACCCGCUCGUCUCUUGCCAGCCUGUUGCUCAACCUGAACACCAGUGCGCUCUCCAGCAUCUCAACUACUAUUACGGGCGAGGCACGGUUCUUGGAGUCCGGCUCAGAGGAAGAGUCGUGGUGCAAGGCUCGUCAUCUGGAGAAUAAUACUUUCGAGGAGGAGGAGAUCAACUUCGGCCAACAGCAGCAACAGGAUCCUAGCCAAAGACGGCCUAGCAUCUCCAUUGAUACUGAUGUGCGGGUUGUUACCGUAAGAGUCACUGAAGGUCGUAUUGCAGAUUGGAAGGGUGGUGUGCGUGACUGGGUUCUGCUUCCUGCUGAGCAGCAAGACUCUGGGCUGGUCAAUGGCGUCGCCUCUUCAUAG